AUGAGAUACUUCUUGUACUUGUGGAUGCUCCAUCCUCCGUGGUAUGUGUCAGUGACAACGGCAUUUGUGCCACUGUUACAACAAUGGCCAUCACCAAGAUACACCACUCAUCCAAUGAUGGAUUUGUCGUUGCAACGAAAACUGGUUCGUCUCCACGAUGAAGAGCAGAGUGACCAAGAGGGAGUCAUCACCGAGGACUUGACAAACAAAAAUGCCACUUCAACUGAAAAGAAGAAGAAUACCUCAGCAACAGAAGAAAACAAGAGCGAAUCAUCUUCUGAGAAACAACCAGCGGCAUCGUCGAUUGGAACCUUGUUGAUGCAACUGCAAAAACAGCAAGAAGAACUCCAAAAAACAGAUGCCAUUCAAGCCAUCACACUGGAUGCCGGAGAAGUUUCAAAGAACAAAAAAAGUGGCCAGAACAACAACGUCAAGACGUCAACAAUAUCCAGCAAAACUCACCAAAAAAGCAGUAGUGACACGUUGCCCCCACCACCACCAGUGGUGGACGAGAGUCUAGACCGCAUGGAUGCCGGUACGGCACGUGAAUUGGAUGAUGCUGCCACUUGGAUGGUGUCGUCUCCCAACAACAACAACAUGGAUUCGGUACAACUUAAACCACUGCCCUCGCUGUAUGCGUCUUCGCCCACGUACAACCACAACAACACUGCUACUAGCAGCAACAACACAACCAAACAACAACCACAAGCACCGCUCCGCAUGCCCGAACAGUACUUUGAUAGAAUAUCCAGAGAUAUGCGACACUUGGCCGUGUCCAUUGCGUCAUCCAUUGAAGAUGUCGAUCAAUGGCGCACAUUUUGUCAAGAAGGCAACGGCGGUCUCAUGCCACUACUAGAAUGCAUUCGAGAAGGCGCGGAUCAAUUGCAAAAACAGCAGCAGCAACAACAGCAGCAACAAAAACGACGUCGACGACCGCCCACCAACUUUGUGGUGUUGGAACAACAGCAACAUCAAAAUGAAGAAACUUUCAUGGCGGCAUGUACCGCGUGUCGGGCAUUGCGAGACUUGUGUGCCGUAUCACCUGAAUUGUCCGCCGUCAUGACGGAUGGGAUUCUACGAGCCAAUGCAGCCUAUUCCACCACCACCACAUCGACCAGUCAUCGCUCGGAUGUAUUCAACAGGCAGGAUGAAGAGGACGAUGAAACAACUACGCAUGGACGACAUGUCCAUCAGACGGGCAGCAAUCUGAUGCAUGACUUUAUGACCAUGCUCAAAUAUGCCAAUGAAUACACCGAACCAACAUCCAGAAGGGCUUCCAACAACCCCUUCAAGAGAAAUAAGAGUCGAAGAGACGCGAGACUGCGGUGCAAGCUCUAUGUUACCCAGCUUUUGCUGGCCAUGACCAUUGCGAGUGAUGAUGCUGUCGAAGCCAUCCGAAACACGGAAGGGCUGCCGGAAACAAUAUUGAAAUGCUCAUCGUAUUCGAGAGGGGAACAAACUCGACGUUGGCUGCGUUAUCCGGGUGAAGUGAUGAAGUUUCUGUGGCGCAAAAAGAAGAAAAUGAAAACUAGUAGUAACGGUCCAGAGGCCGGGCCAGACAGUGAGGAUCAAGAUUCGUCGUCUUCGUCAUCACCCGAGGGUAACAACAAGCGACCAUUUAUGCAGGCAGCUGCAAUUCAAAACAACUUGGAUGGGCAGGUUCGGCGUACUGCCAACCAAAUACUUGCAGCAAUCGGGUACAAUCGCUGGGUUCCCAAAAUACCUGGGCAGCGUGGCCUGCGCAUAUUAGUGAUGGAUGGUGGGGGAUCACGAGGAAUGGUUGCUGUCAGUCUCGUUAAAGGACUUGUAGAGGCCGUUGGAGGCGUGGAAACCGCAGACUCGUUUGACAUUAUCGCAGGUACUUCCACUGGUGGGAUUAUCUCGUUUCUGAUUGGGCUUCGGCGCGAACCCAGCCAUCUCGCAGUGGAUCGAUACAAUCAACUGAUCAGGCAAAUCUUUGUCAAGUCAUCUUUGAGCACGCCCAUGAUGCUGUUCACCACGGCGACCUACGAUGAGUCUCACUUUAUGGACAUUCUGAGCGACAUUCUCAAGGACAACAUCAUGCUGGAUAGCAGGGCAGACCCAGCAGUACCCUACGUUUUCUGCGUUGCCUCCAAGAUGUCAUCCACCCCAACUCACGUGGCCCUCUUUCGGAACUACAACUAUGCUGGCGGAGAGCUUGCCGACCCGUUCACUAUAGAUCCCGACAAGGCUCGUUUGGAGUUAGAUUUGCCUUUGGAGUUGGAGCACGAGAUAAUCCGCACUAGUUCUUAUGAGCGACAGCAAGAAGUCCGCCCCAGCUCUGGAUACAAAAUUGAAGGUUCGAGACAUCCCGGAUCUUUCCGUGUAUUGCAACGCUAUGCCCUGCGCGCUUCGACAGCAGCUCCAACUGUGUUCAAACCGGUCAUGAUGGGCGGUGAGAUGUACUGUGACGGAGGCAUUGUAGCAAGUAAUCCCGCUGCUGUUGCCGUGCACGAGGCUCGUGCUAUCUUUCCGGACAUACCCAUUGAAAUGGUUGUAUCCAUCGGUACAGGAGGCUUUGUGGAACAAAAGAAUUCUCCAAGGAUUGGAUGGGACGGCAUUAUUGGUCAAAUCGUCAACAGCGCCACGGAUGCCGAACAGAUCCACCACGUUUUGGAAGAUAUUCUGGGCGAAGGAGGGGAUAGCGGUAUUAACGGCCGCGGUUCCGACGUAUCGCAAACUCGGUACUAUCGUCUCAAUCCCACCCUCGGGCUGCCCGACGAGUUUCCAAUUGAUGUCACCGAACCUGAGAAACUGAAUCGUCUGAAAGAGAUUGCUGCCGAGUACCUAGCAGAACCUGCCCAACAGAAGAAGCUGGAAGAAAUUGGGGAUAUUCUUCAAGGCCGCAGAGGCUGGAGGAAGUGGCUCCCGUAG